AUGAAGCUUAUAAGCGAUGGCAUAGCCUCAGCGUGACCCUACAGCGACGUAUGCUCGGUACGAUAAGCACAAUGCAUAUGAAGGAUGUAGCUAAUAUAAGUCGAGACACAGCCUCUGUAUACGCUGCAGCUACUCGAGUACAUAUGGAUACAUCUGGGUGACGAAACACGUGCACCUGUACAGUAGGCAGUAACCCUAUGGGGUCACACGUAUAUUUUCCCAUUUUUUCUCUCACAAUGAUACAUAUCAAAGUUUUACGAACUCUGUCAAAAAGCGUUUGAAAUUUCAGGGAUCGCCGCUUCAAUCAGACGCGAACCAUUUAAGACCAUGGCCAAGCCAGAAGAGGACUAUGUCGCAAUCACUUCGCUUCUCAAAUAUCUGGCUGAAGGAGAUUCACCAAUAAAUGAAACAAUCGAGGCUGUAGCUCUACUCUACCAAGGAAAACUCUCUCCAGUCCAAGCCGCCAGUCUUUUGACACUUUUGAAUGCCACCGGGCUAGAUCAGGACCCAAAUGUUAUCGCUCAGUGUGCAGCUAACAUGCGAAAAACUGGGCUACAGAUUGACUACAAAAGAAUCACGGCCAGAAUGAACACACCAAAAGCAGAGAAAAUAGGAGGCUCGUACCUGGGAGGCUAUUGUACAAUAGAGGGAACUGGGGGUGACGGACAUUCGACAUUCAAUGUUUCUACUGCUGCAUCUAUUGUGGCAUCAGCGGAAGUAUUUGUUGCAAAACACGGGGCGGGGGCUUCAUCUAGCAAAUCCGGAGCUGCUGACCUCCUCCGAGCUACCACAUACCCUUCUCUGAUCUUAGAGGCUGUCACCCCCGAUUCGAUUUCGACAUUUUUCGAGAAUGGGAGCUUUACGUUUCUGUUCGCUCCUGUUUUCCACCCUGGACUCAAGCAGGUCACUUUAAUUAGAAAGCAACUGGGCUUCAAGACCAUCUUCAAUAUCCUUGGGCCGCUCACCCACCCCUUGAACUCAAUUUUAGAAGCCCGGGUUGUGGGUGUAGCUCAGAGGCGUCUGGGUCCCAUUUAUGCCGAAGCACUCAAAAUCUCUGGAGUGCGGAACGCUCUCAUCGUUUGCGGCGCCGAGGAAUUAGAUGAGAUUAGUUGUGCAGGGCCAACGUUUUGCGUAAGCAUCCCUUUUCUUGUCGCCUGUUCGAUGAUCGAGCGAUCUUCCUGGGUCUAUUAUGUAUUAUUUGACAAUGAAGUAUUCUGAUAUCACGCAGUGGAGAUUGUCCGCAGAAAAUGAUGAUAACGUCGUUCGCAUUGAUUGCUUUCAGUUGGAGCCGGCAGACUUUGGACUUCCUACCCACGAUUUAGAUGAAGUCCCUAUGGGAAAGUCUCCUGAUGAAAAUGCCGAGAUUUUGAUGCAGUUAUUAUCAAACCAACUCGCAAAGGAUAGUCCUACCCUACAUUUCGUCUUGAUGAAUGCAGCAGCUCUUUUAGUUGUCUCCGGCAUAUGCGAUGGUGAAACGGGGGGCAUUGUCAAAGAAAUUGGCCCUGGUCGUGGUCGUUGGAAGGAAGGCGUCAGAAGAGCACGGAAGGGGCUGGAGGAUGGUAAAUCACUGGAGUCUUUCAAUCAGUUCAUCACUAGUGUACGUAGAAAUGCUGUGUGAUACUUCGUUGGAGAGUUUUGUGAAG